AACUGACCUUGGCGGCUAAUUUUGUGUGUGCGUUGCAUAACAUGUCUUGUGAUAUCGAUGACUCUUUAUACAGCCGUCAAAGAUGUGUUCUGGGGGAAAAUGCAAUGAAAAGAAUGUGUAAAUCUAAAGUAUUUUUACAUGGCUUGGGAGGUGUUGGAAUAGAAAUAGCGAAAAAUCUAGUUCUGGCUGGAGUUGGAGAACUUAUCAUUCAGGACCGAUCUUUAUGUUCCGAACAGGAUUUAGGGACUCAAUUUUACGUGGAUGAAUAUAGUGUUAGAGGUUCGAAAACUAGAGCUGAAGCAAGUCUUGAUCGUCUAACGGCUUUAAAUCCCUAUGUUCGUAUUACUUUAGAAACGGGGGAUGUGACGGAUAUUCGUUGCCCUCUUUCUGAACCUGCUAAUAAGAAUAUUCUAAAGCCAUUAGUCGACGAAGGAUCAUCUACGAAAGUCGAUUGUUUGAUACUCACGCAAUGUUCACUUCAAAAAGCUACAUUGUUGGAUCUGUUCUGUAGAGCAUAUGAUAUUAAAUUUAUCUAUACAGAUAUAUAUGGUACAUUUGGAAAUUUAUUUUGUGAUUUUGGCUCUGAUUUUACUGUUUUAACACAAGAUGACGAACCAUGUAGAGAAUUUUUUAUUGGAAAAAUUGAAAAGAUAAACGAUGAGGAAUUAUUGAUCACAGUUCUUGGUGAUCGUCGUCAUCAUUUAGAAAAUAAUGAUGUAAUUCGAUUCACUGAACUUAAAAAUUUACCAGUGCUCAAUGAAAGAGAAUUUCCUAUCCGAGUAAAGUCGCCUUCAGAGUUAAUUAUCAAAACGUCUAUAAAAGACAUCCAGUUUCCUUAUUCAGAUGGUGGUAUUGUGCUUCAAGUUAAAAAGCCACAAGUAUACACUUUUGAAACUAUGCUCGAACAACUUAAAUCUCCUAAAUUAAUGUGUGUGGAUUUCAGUGAACCUGAGGAAGGUAACUUGUUACAUUUAACAUACCUAACAUUGAUGAGGUUCAAUGUAGAAACUGGCCGUUAUCCCAAACCAUGGGAUGAAAAUGAUUGGAAUUUAUUUCGUGAUCAAUUGUUCACAUUACAUAAGCUACAAAUGGGAAAUCCAAUUAAAAUUGAUGAAUCGUUAGUAAAACGUUUAGCCUUUGCUAGUCAAGGACAAUUAGCACCAUUAAGUGCUGUUUUUGGUGGAAUAGCUGCACAAGAAGCUAUGAAAGCGAUUACAUUUACAUUUACACCAAUUAAUCAAUGGCUGUACAUCCAUUGUGCAUCGAUUGUACCACUUGAAGUCAAUACGCAAUCAAAUGAAUUUCAGAAUUAUUUGUCAAGUCGUUAUGCCGCUUUAAUUCAAUGUAUCGGUGUGUCAAAUCUUCAAAAAAUUCAUAAUUUAAGUGUUUUUAUGGUUGGUUGUGGUGCGAUUGGUUGUGAAUUAUUAAAGAAUUUAGCAUUAUUAGGUGUUGCCACUGCUGGAUCUAAUGAUGAUGAUUUACAUUCAGCGAACAACGUGACUGAUUCUAAUCAACAUCAAUAUUGUUAUCGUCAUCAUCAAUAUGAACAACAAGAAAACAACAAUCAAUUUACAUAUAAUACAACACUUGAUACUUCAUUGAUGUCUCAUGCGAAUGUUGAUGAUAGGGAUCACCAUCAAACGUUGUCACAUUCAGCGGUAGACGGUCAACAAGAACACGGCAAUUCACCUUAUCCUAAUGAUCAACUCACUAAUAAUUCUGAAACAAUUGUCAAGUCAAUUAUAUCACAUCAAGUUUCUACAUCUCAAAGACAAUCAAUAAAAUCUGUAUUAAGUGAAUCAAUCAUUAAUAAUAGGUGCCCAAAUAUUAUUGUCACUGAUCCUGAUCAUAUUGAGAAGUCAAAUUUAAAUCGACAAUUUCUUUUUCAAUCAUGUCAUAUUGGUUUGUCAAAAAGUCAAAUUGCAUGUGAUACUGCUAAAAGAAUUAAUCCAAAUAUAUCAGUGAGAGCGAUGUGUGAUAAAUUUUGGCCAAAUACUGAAAAGACUAUUUUCACUGAUGAAUUUUUAUUACAAGCAACAAAAUACAGUAAUUACAAACAAGGGAUAACAUCUCCUUCAAUACUCAAUACUUCUUCAUAUAAACAUGGUAUUGUACUAGCUGCUUUAGAUUGUGUACCAACACGUCGUUAUUUAGAUUCACGUUGUGUAACAAUGCAUUUACCAUUGAUUGAAUCUGGUACUUUAGGCACUAAAGGUCAUGUUCAAGUAAUUUUACCUGAUAUUACUGAAUCAUAUAAUAGUCAAAUGGAUGAUGAUGUUCAUAAUAACAAUGAUGUAGAUGGUAAUGGAAAUAUUGAUAGUCAAGUGAAUACAAUACCAUAUUGUACAUUGAAAUCAUUUCCAACCUUACCAAUUCAUUGUAUUGAAUGGGCACGUGAAAAAUUUGCUAGUCAAUUCACAUUGAAACCCAUGAAAUUACAAACAUUUCUACAAGCUUGGAAUUUAAAACAAUGUGAAUAUGUGGACAGUAACCAUGGUGAACAAACAUCGAAACAACAAACGCAUCAAUUAAUAUCAGAUUUAACAUUUUUAAUGCAUCUAUGCAAUGAUAUUGCUACCAAUUGUACUACCACUACUACUACUACUACUGAUAAUGAUAAUAGUAGUAAUAAUAAUAGUAAUGUAAUUGUUACAUCAAAGAUGUAUUCUAAUGAUAAAAUUUUAAUGAAAAACUGGAUUGAAAGGAUAAAUUUAUUACAAGAUCAAUUAAAUCCCAAUAUUGGACGAUUUUUAUGCUCACGUCCAUCUACAUGGAAUCAAUGUUUAUAUUUAGCCCGUGAUAAAUUUCAACAUUACUUUAAUCAUAAAGCUCGUCAAUUGUUACAUUCUUUCCCCAUCGAUACAAAAUUAUCAAAUGGAACACCAUUUUGGCAAUUUCCUAAACGUCCACCUAAAUCGAUUGAAUUUUCCAUAACAGAUCCAUUACAUCAAAUAUUCGUCAUCAGUUAUGCACGUCUUUUAGCUGCUCAAUUGUCGAUCCAAGUACCACAAUCCUGUUUCUCCUCUUCAACUUCUUUAUCGGAUUCCUUCACUCGCUUAAAUUAUGGAUCGACUGAACUAGUUAAUUAUCUUCAUGAAGUAUUUAUAAACUAUAUUCCACCAAUGUUUACUCCGUCUAAUAAACACAUUGUAAUUGAUGAGAAUGAAAUGAAGCCUCAGCAAACGACCACAUCUACUUCACCAUCAAAAUUGUCAUUGCCUAAAGAUAGUGAUCCUACUAUUACAUCAAUGAAAAGAAUUAUUUUCAAUAAUCCUUCUCUCAAUAAUGAUGAUAAGGAUUUGACAAUAAAAGAAAUUUGUCUAAAUGAAUCAUUUUUAAAAAUGUGUACAAAUAUUUUGGAGAGUUUAAGUAAACCAGAGAAAUUUAAAGUGAUUUCUUCAUGUCAAUCAGUAACGUUUGAGAAAGAUGACGAUAAUUUGGCACAUGUUGAUUUUGUCAUGUCAGCUGCAAAUUUACGUGCUACAAUGUACAGUCUACCGAUUACAGCUCGCCAUGUUGUUAAACGUAUCGCUGGACGAAUAGUACCAGCUAUAGCGACAACAACUGCAACUGUUGCAGGUUUAGUCUGCUUAGAAUUACUUAAAUAUGUAAUUAACAAUAAUCAAUAUGAUGAUGAUGAUCAUGUUGGUUCGUUUACAUCUGAAAAGGAAAUAAAUACAUUGGCGGCGACUACGACACCAAUAAAUAAUUGUGAACAACGUUUAGUUCAAUUAAAAUCUAGAAAUAGUUUUCUUAACUUAGCAUUACCGGUUAUUUUGUUCAGUGAACCAGGACUGUGUCGACAAACACGUUUACCAAAUGGAAAAUAUUUCAGUCUAUGGGAUCGUUGGACUAUUCGACCAUGUAAACAAGUUGAUAAAUAUCGAUUAACCGAUUUUAUUGAUCAGAUCAAGUUGUCGACAUUAGUGUUUAGUCAUUGUUACCAUUGACAACUAUUGAACACUAUAUUAUUUGGCUUUCUAAUACAAACAUAUCAUUGAAGAACUCUCAAUUCUAUUAUAACUCAUAAAAUUCGGUAUCUAAAAUAAAGGGAGAAAUAUUUACUUUAAAGAGGGACAAUAGAAGAGCGAGAGAGAGAGAGAAAGGGGGAGGGGGGGAGAAAGUUUAAAAUGUAACCUCUUUUAAAAUUGGCAACAAUAGAUCUAUCAAUUGUUCAAUGUAUAUAUAUGGUAGUUUGUUUCCUGAAAUGACCUAUAUGUUGUAAUCUGUUUUUGUAUUGUUGUUGUUGUUGUUUGUUUGUUUGAAUGUGAUCUUUUAAAUGGGGAAAAAUCGAUAUAUACAUGGUUAUAUGAUUGUCUGUAACCAAUGUGAUUACUGUUCAAUAGAAAAGAUUUAUGAAGAUAAUAUGGUCUGUCUUGUUUUUUCCCUUUUACAUUCAAUCCUUAUUACAUAACAUAUAUAUUUGUGUUCUUUUUUUUUUACAGUUUUUCAGCCAAUAUAUGUUUGUAUCAGAAGGGGUUUUUGUGGAUAUUAUAGUUAUUUCAGUAGUUGAGAUCAUGAGUCAGUUGAUGUUAGAUCACCAUAGAAAACCUGGAAGCACUGAACGGCCGUUGCGUUUCAUUGUGGCACUACUCAGCAGUGCUAUAAUAGUCUACAAAAACCCCUUCUGAUAUUAAUCAACAUAUGCUCAUUAUUGACUGGCUUCAUGAGGUAUAUCCCGGAGUUCUACUGAGAAGCAGUGAGCAGUGGAGUUCAACCGGGUCUCUUAUGAGGUAGAAACUCACUGAAGACAAUAGUGGAUGUGUUGCCCAAUUUCGUGGAUUAGUUAAAGUUAGACAUUAACACCGUUGAAUGCCAGCUCAGUGGUCUAGAGAUUAAGCGUUCGCGCGCGACACCGAUAAGUCCUGAGUUCGAAUCUCACGAGGCAGGAUCGUGAAUACGCAUUUCUGAGAAGUCCCACAAUAGUACGAAACUGCUGUCCAGUACUUCCAGGUUUUCCAUGGUGACUCAUGAUCUCAACUAUUGAAGUAUAUUUUUAUUCUUCUUUUUCUUUCUGAUCGAUUUUAUCCACUGAGUAUUCUCUGCAUGUGUGUGUAUGUUUGUGUUUAUCUGUUAUUAUUGGUGACAUUGUAUUCUAAUCACUUUGAAGUUUACAUUACAAAAUGAUUCUAUCUAGAUAAUACAAGACUUCUCCAUAAUACUCAUUUACAACUCUAACAGAGAUCAAACCUAGGACCUUCAGUUCUCCACGUCACCAUCUAAUCUUUUACAAUUCUGAUUCCAACCUAUUGACAAUAUCGGACGAGCAUCAUCCAAUGUUGUUGAACUUCAUUGAAAUUUUUAAGAAUUAUCCCUUGAAAUUAGUCACUGGUAAACUUGUAUUGAGCUUUAACAUUUGACUAAACAUUGAUGGUAAGUGUUCAAAGUGAAAUGGCAUGCAUUAAUAAAUCGUCCAGUAAAAUCAAUGAAGUAUUGGAUAAUUGUUUCAUCUAAUUUUUAAGAUUUUUUAAUCAAUAAAGAAAGAUUAAUGAUGAUAACUAGACUAGAUCUCUUUUUUUCUAUUUUAUUAUUAUGAUUAUUAUCUAUGAGAAUUCAAUAUCAGUUAAACGUGAAUAUGGUUAUGAUAUUGGUCACUUCUUAUUGACCAGUCAACUGUAAGUAUCUCAAUUCUAUAGGAUAUUAGUCAUGGUAUAAAUAUUUCAGUGAUGAUGUCUCAAACUAGGGAAGUUGUGAUGAUAAUACAAGUUUAAAUUUCACAAAUAGUAUCAGUUUCCUAAUGGACUGUUAGGUAUUCCUUGUUGACAAGCCGCCAACUAUUCAAAGAUGUAGAUUAAUCGAAGUUUCCUACCAACUAAUUCUAACCACUUAAUUAACAUGUAUUAUGUUUAUGUUAAAUGAUUGUUCACUUAUAUGAAAAUACUGAGAAGUUUUAUUUGGUCAUUGUUUUGUUACCUCAUACAUACAUACCCACAUACAUACACUUACACUUACACUUACACUUAUACACACACACACACAAUUGCUCUCAUCCACCCAUUCACCCACUCACUCACUCGUUUUCAUCCCUUUAAUUUUUGUCUACUAUUGGCAUCAUAUUUCUAAUCUCUUUUCAUAAUUCAUUAAUAUGUCAGUUGGGUUUUUUUUUAAAUUAUUAUACAUAGAGAUCAAUAUUUUCUAAAGAGAAAAUCUAUAAAUGGUGUUUUCUCUAUUUCCUUUUCUCUUCCCCUUCUCUUGUACUUUUAUUUUCAUUUAUUUUGCUCUUUUUUUUUACUUAUUUUUCUCUCAUUAAUCCUAUGAAUUCGGGAAAUCAUUGAAAGAAUGAAUGGAAUCUUGUGGUGAGUUUAAUUACUCAAGGCAAUCGAAUGGUGUAUAUGCGUCAUUUUCCAAUGCAUAAAUCACGUUUAAAUGAAAUUUUUAUCAAUCUUUUGCAUUAUUCACCGAUGGAUGGUCAUACUGAUUUGAUGGUCGCUUAUGAAUCUGAUCAUAUUAAGCCUAAUAAUGAUCAUUCUCAUGAUAACAAUGAUGAUGAUUGUAUUCAAGGUCCUACAAUACGUUUUGAAUUCUAAUUCUCAAUGACUUUUUUUUUCUUAACCUUAUAAAAUGUUGUAUUAAUUUGACUAUUCUAAUGUAUGUAUAUGUACUACUUAUGUACUACUUAUAUGUUACUAAUUGUAUAGACAGAAUGUAUAACAUUGAAAAUAGUAUGUGUAUAUGUGUAUGUAUUUAAUCUUGAUCUUUACAAUGAACUUCUGUUUGAACAUGUUCAUGUGAUUUGGAUAUAUGUAAUUCUAUUCAAUGAGUAAUAGAGAAGAAUAACUGAUUUAUUUUUUUCCCAGUCAAAACCAAUGAAAUAUACAACAAUUCAUGUAAGAUUUAAUAAUUGAAUUCAUAAGUCAAUAGAAACUAGAUCACUAUGGAAAAUCUGAAAGUAUUGGACAUUCAUUUCGUCUAAGUAUGGGACUCUUCAGAAGUAGUACGCAUCCAAUACUUUCAAGUUUUCCAUAGGGAUCUAGUUUCAAUGAACUCAUGAAUUCAAUUAUUAAAUUAAUAUCAUAUCCACACACACACACACAAAAAAAAACUCUUCUUUGAUUAUAAUGUGAUAUUAUUGUCUUUGUCUUUGUGUUAUUUCAUUUCCAAUUGAAUAGUUUCAUUGAAUUUGAUUAUUCUUUGCACCUCUGUCUCUGUCUCUUUGUAUGUAUGUAGAUUUUCAUCAAUUUAAUUACUAUGCAUUAAACUAUCUAAUUCAAUAGAAUCUGUGUGUAUUUGUGUCUUGAUAACCUUUAUAUAAAUAGAAAGAUAAAUAUAACUCAGUAUCGGUUG